GUUUGUGCGCCACAGCAGCAAUCCCCAGCACUGAGUGAGAAAAAAGCAACUCCCAAGGGUGCUAUCAAAAAUGCACAAAGAAAGGAAACAGCACAAAACAAGACAAUAAUCAAGCAAUCACGAUUUGCAAAGCCAUAACAAUAUGAUGGCUCGAAGAUAGCAGUAUCAUGGUCUGAGCUACCUCUGGACACGUACAAGAAGUAUUGUGGCACAGAAGAAAAGAGGCUGCAGACAGAGCUGAAAGAUCAAGAGGUUCACCGUUCACUCAACAACAGAAACACACCCAGGCUUUCAUGCAGAGAACUGUGACUGCGGAUGUUGACGCAAGUAUGGACAACAGCAACCAGCCUUCACAUGAAGAAUCUCUAGCUCGCUCCAUCCUCGUCAGAGCUUUCGGGCUUUUCACCGGGGACAUGCAUCUCUGUGCAGACUGGGUUAAAAGACAGGUUUUGGCAAUCCAGCUAGUGGACUGGAUUUCCCGAGGGGUGUCCCAGGUCAUGUUCGUCAACAACCCUGUCAGUGGGCUCCUCAUCACGGCCGGCCUCUUCCUGCAGGACCCUUGGUGGGCUCUGAACGGCCUGCUGGGUACCUUUGUGUCCACAGUGUCUGCGCUCUUGCUGGGACAAAACAGGAAAGCCGUAUCAGCGGGUUUAUAUGGCUACAAUGGAACCCUGGUUGGCAUAUUGAUGGCUGUUUUCUCCACCAAAGGAAGCUGGUACUGGUGGCUGUUAUUGCCAAAUGUGUUCAUGUCCAUGUUGUGCCCGGUGGUCUCCAGUGCUUUGUCCUCAGUUUCCAGCAAAUGGGACCUCCCUAUAUUCACCCUGCCCUUUAACAUUUUGGUGUGUCUACAUGUUGCAGCUACAGGAGCCAAUCACCCUUACUUCCCAGAGGUGGAUUUUCAGUCAAAUCACCAUCUGCGCCGUCCUAAUAACACCAUGGACAGCCUCAAUAUAUCUCAACUCUUCCUGUCAGUGCCAGUUGGUGUGGGCCAGGUGUAUGGCUGCGACAGUCCUUGGACAGGAGGUCUCAUCCUUCUGGCCCUGCUGCUUUCCUCACCAACUAUCUGUUUUCAUGCCAUGUGGGGCUCUGCUGCUGGCAUGCUGUCUGGAUUUGCUCUUGCAGCGCCUCACAAGGACAUUUACUCUGGGCUGUGGGGAUACAACAGCGCCCUAUCCUGCAUUGCCACUGGGGGAGUCUUCUAUGUCCUAACAUGGCAAACCCAUCUAAUGGCUGUAAUAUGUGCACUUUUCUGCGCAUACAUGACGGCAGCGAUCUCAAAACUGAUGUCCGUGCUCGCAUUACCAGCCUGCACAUGGCCUUUCUGCCUGUCGACUCUCAUCUUCCUCCUCAUUUCCUCUGAGAUCCCAGCCAUCUGCAGACUGCCUCUGUCUGUGGUCUCCUACCCCGAGGAAAACCGACACUACCAGAGACAAUUAAAGGCCUCAGAGAAAGCUCGGCGCAGUCAGCAGAGCUGCAGCCAAGAAGAGGCCACGCUGAAAGGGAAUGGACAGCCAAAUGUCCAGUUGGUCGUGGACAAGGACUGCAGUGAAUCUGUGUGAUUAGAGGCGAUGCUCUACAAGUUAUGAUAAUUAAAUUGUAGGAAAUGGAAAAGGAAUGGUGGUAAUGUACAGUUUUGGCAUUUCUUCCUUACAUAACAAUAUGUGUUAUAUAAAAUGGCUGGCAUUGGGGUGAGUAAUAUCAUCUAGAUGGCAAAUAUUUUCUCAUGCAGCGCUCUACACAGCAGAGGGCAGCACUUUCCAAGGAAAGACAGACCCACUGUUGUUGCAUGUACUAACACUGUGGAAAAUAUUGAGCAGAUUUGACUGCACGAAUGUGAUUAUGUAUAACAUCUAUAUCAACUAAAUGUAGCCUUGUGGUGUUAUUCUUUUUAACAGUCAUUACAAAGCAAAGAGUGACAGACUCUCCUCCCUUCUCAGCAGCACAGUUUCAAUGGAUGCUUUGAGUCGAUUUAAAAUGCAGCAGAGCAUUUCAUCAGUGCAGACAGUGAGCUGUAGGGGAGAUUUCAUAAAGUGCUCCCCCAGCAAAAACACCCUUUUCUCUGCCAGCCACUAUCCAUCACUCCUUUCUGUACUCCAAUCUGUCCCCUUAUCAUUUCUCUUUACCUCUAUGUUGGUUUCUUUCCUCUCCUUUGUGCUUAUCUGCUUCCUCCCCGCUGUCCUUAAAUGCACUCUGCUAUUGUGUUUCCUCAUAAGUUCUUUUGAGGACAACCCUUCUUCCUUUUUCCUCCAGCAACAAGAUUUUGAUCCCUUCAAAAAGCAGCUGCCGAGUUGUCAGCUAAUAAAAGGUACACCGAGCUCUGUCUGGGUCUGCAUUUAUAUUUACAUUUAUGAGUAAAUCUUUUUGUGUAUUUAUUUCUGUCUGUGUCUGUAUCUGCUGUACCGAGGCACAUGGCUCUAGUCUAGCCAGUGCUACACAUAACAGUCACACUCCCAGACAUGUGUGGGAGCGACAGUACAUCGGGGGAGAAGGUGCGAGACGAGGGAGAGGGGAACAAGUCGAAAAUGAGAACAUCUCAUUUUCUUGACUGGUGAUAAAACAUGAGCUGUUAUUACAGUUUUUUUUUUUUCUUGAAUGUCUUAUGUGCUUAUUUUUUUCCUCUCUGCCCUGUUGGACCCCAACAUCUUGUCAAAUAAACCAUUUCUACUUAAUAUUCUGAGGGUAUUACAGAAGGAAACUUUCCUCAAUGCUGCCUGUAUGUUCCUUCUUAUCAACCUUUGUAUAAGAGUGACCUUAGUAAGUGGAUUUUCAGUGGCCUUUUACAUAACGUUGAUUCAUCCGGCGACCUUUGAAGGACAGAACAAGUGUUGCCCUGUGUCACUUUCUCUGUGCCAGUGCUGUGUGCUCACAGCAGCGUGAUUCACCUUGCAGA